GCGUUUGCUCAGUUGCGACCGCUGGCUCCCGACGGGCGGGCCAGAGGCGCAGAGCCACAGGGUGGCUGGCCCGAGCCCCGAGCACCGGACGAUGCUGGCGCGAUCGCGGCCGCCGCCAUAACGAAUCCCUAACGACUAAUUUUCGCACCUUUCGAACGAACGACACAAGUUGAUUACGACUUGUCCCCUCCCCUUCCCCUCGCGCCCCCAGUGUAGGCGAUACGGCGCUCAAAGUACACCAAUCGCCAUGAAUUUUUUCCCCCACGCCCCCUGUUACCCCUUCGAAAUCGAUCGCAGUGGCGUGGAGUCGCACCAGGCCAUGCCGGCCAUGCCCGAUCUCUCGUCUUUGCUCAUGCAGGAGCUAUAUCAGCAGAUCCUGCCCCUGGAGUCCUUCGGCCUGCCCCCGGGCGUGCAGACUACCACCACGCCCACGCUCACCCUGACACCCACGACGAUGCGCUCGUUCGCGGCCGACCUCCUGAACGGCGCCCUGGACGACGAGCAGACGCCCUACCACAACGAGGCGGGCUUCGUGCCGCCCGUCGUGCACACCUCGUCGUCGUUGUCCACCUACGUCGUGGACUCCAAGUCCUGGCAGGGCGGUUCCGUCACCACCAUGCCCGCUGCCAGCGCCGCCAACACCGCCAGCGCCGUCGCCACCAGCAACGGCACCGUGCCCGUCGCCGCGAGCGUAGCGGCCUCCACCGUCCUGACCGCCCUGACGGCCCCCGUCCUGGCGGAGUCGCCGCCCCUGCCCUCCACCACGCCCACCCCGUCCAGGAGGAACGUGGGAGGACGCCGGCCGAACAAGUCCAGCGGGAUUUCCCCCGAGGAGGAAGAAAGGCGCCAGAUGCGACGUGAGAGGAACAAGGCGGCGGCAGCGCGGUGCAGAAAGAGGAGACUUGACCAGACCAAUACACUUGUCAUAGAAACUGAAGGUUUGGAAUGCAAGAAACGGGGCCUUCAAAAUGAGAUUCAGCAGUUGACGAAUGAAGUGAAAGAGCUAGAGUUCCUUUUGGAGACUCACGUCUGUCGCCUACCCCGCUCAGAACGCUGUGCCAGUCCUCUGGAUAUUAAGCCUACCAUCUACGACCUAAAACAAGAGGAGGCAGAACAUAAUGAACUACGUGAACCACCAAUGAAGAGACCCAUGAUGAGUAUGCCAGCUCCUCCGGUGGCCCCUGCUGUAGCCACUCCUGUGCAGUCGAAGCCAUCUAGACCAACAUCAUUACCCGUCUCAUCGCACAACAUCUUUAGAUCAACUGCUGCAGAAAUUGCUGGUAUAUCCAUUACUACUCCAUCGACAGGUAUCAUGCUGAAUUUCGACUCACUAAUGGAAGGAGGAACUGGCCUCACACCUGUGUCAGGACCUCUUGUCCCAUCCUGUUCUUCUCAACAGCGCAACCAAAAUUGUGUUGAUCUGUCCAGUCCUGACAGCAAUAUUACCAAUAAGCUGGUGUCAUUGUGACGGUACUCUGGCUAAUUAUGUGCUACCUGUGCGGCCGUUUGUGCAAUUAUUGUCCAAAACUGGUAAAGAACAGUUUUACAUAGUCAAAAAUUUAUUUGUGAUUUUAUGAGAUACUUUUAUUUUAUAAGAAAAAUGUUUUUUUUUGUUUGUUUUUAUUGACUUGCAAUAUUUAGUCGUACAUUCAAAUACAUUUAAUGUUGAAUCAA